AUGACUUUAGCUCCACAUGAGCCUCCCUCAUCUUUCACGCCGCAUCUUUUCCAAUACGCCAUCUGUCAGCAGGCCCAUAAGGUAAUGUCUUUGGGUGCCCACAAAAAGGACUUCAUAGAUUAUGCCUUGAUUCAAGGUAUCCACGACAAGAUUCUGUCUUUAUUGAGCGGUCUUCCACCUGUUCACCGACCGAUGAAUCCGGAUACAUCCUGGGAUGUGAGUUACCCUCACAUACCCAAACAACGUCAGCAAAUAUCGACCGCCGCAAACUCGUUUCUCAUGGCAUUGCAUAGGCCACACGCCAGAACUCACAUGGCUAGCCGACACGCUGCAACUCAAGCAGCCUUUGCCACGUUGGAUGCGCAAGCACAACUUUUUGAUAUGAUGGCUACCAGCUACUCUAGCAUCUACGCUCUCUGUAUCUAUACUCUUGAUGCCGGUAUAUUUCUGUCUGUCACAACUUUAGAACAUCCGCCUACAGAUAUGGGUAUACUACAUGGGAUCAUUCGUGCAAUCCGGAAAGCCAUUCAUCGCCUUGAACUGGCACAGGAGAGAGUCUCUCUAGCAGGACCGGGCUCAAGAAUCUUGAAACUCUGCCACCAGAAAAUGCAAGCGUCCGCACAGGCUCAGCCCAGUUCGCAAGAAUCUGCUGCCCACGAGGCAACUCGUUUUACUGCGGCUUCGUUCAUGGACGAGUCAUUUUCCGGCGGCGCACACGUCCAAGAAUCUCCCAAUCAGCCUUCGGAGAUCCUUGGAUAUACCUCUGGGUCUGGCAUUUCAUUGUCUGAUCACAUUUCGUUUGACGGCACAGUGAUGUUUGAAGAUAUCACUCAGCCUAACUUUGAUAUGGAAGCAUGGGUGCGGGAACUAGGCCAGUCUAACGACUUAGGAUGGACCUGA